UUCAACGCCUCCAGCCUAAACGAGGAGUGCAAUCCGCCCAUCCUAUAACCACCCAAUGAAAUAAUUACAGUGGCCCGUCACUAGGCAGUAUAACGUGUGGCUGGCCAAUUAUCUUUUUCUUGGCCUAGAAGGGUGCAGGGAGCUGAAGCUAACCGAGUGGCAGCGAUCGAGUCCCGGGGAAAUCUGUCACGGAGUCACCGUGAAAAAGAUCAACAGCCACAACAUGCCGAAUAAAACUAAAAAGGAAAAGGAACCAACCAAAUCUGCCAAAAGCAGCACGAAAAACAGUAAUGCCACCAGUGGGAAAGACACAGGAACUGAAAAUGCAGAUGAGGCGGCGCAGCAGCAGACUGCCAGCAAGCGUCCCAGCAAUAGCACCCCUCCACCCACUCAGCUCAACAAGAUCAAGUACUCUAGCGGGCCCCAGAUCGUCAAGAAGGAGCGUCGCCAGAGUUCAUCACGAUUCAACCUCGCCAAGAACCGCGAGCUGCAGAAACUUCCUGCCCUCAAAGAUGCACCUCUUAUCGACCGGGAAGAGCUGUUUGUGCAGAAGCUGCGCCAGUGCUGCGUACUCUUUGACUUUGUCACGGACCCCCUAAGCGACCUGAAGUACAAGGAGGUGAAGCGUGCCGGUCUGAAUGAGAUGGUGGAGUACAUCACGCACAACCGCGAAGUGGUCACCGAGUCCAUCUAUCCCGAGGGUGUCAUCAUGUUUUCAAUCAACCUGUUCAGGACCCUGCCACCAUCCUCCAACCCCACGGGGGCUGAGUUUGACCCAGAAGAGGACGAGCCCACACUGGAGGCUGCUUGGCCACACCUACAGCUGGUGUAUGAAUUCUUCUUACGAUUCCUGGAGUCCCCCGAUUUCCAGCCUAAUGUCGCCAAAAAAUACAUUGACCAAAAGUUUGUACUGUCUCUACUGGAGCUGUUUGACAGUGAAGACCCCAGGGAGCGGGACUUCCUGAAGACCAUCCUCCACAGGAUCUACGGCAAGUUCCUGGGUCUUCGGGCCUACAUCCGCAGACAGAUCAACAACAUAUUCUACAGGUUUAUAUAUGAAACCGAGCAUCACAAUGGAAUCGCCGAGCUCUUAGAGAUCUUAGGAAGCAUAAUCAACGGCUUUGCCCUGCCAUUGAAAGAGGAGCACAAGAUGUUCUUGAUUCGAGUGCUGCUGCCGCUUCACAAAGUGAAGUCACUCAGCGUCUACCACCCACAGCUGGCGUAUUGCGUCGUGCAGUUCUUGGAGAAGGACAGUAGUCUAACUGAACCAGUGAUCAUGGGCUUGCUGAAGUUCUGGCCUAAGACCCACAGCCCCAAAGAGGUGAUGUUCCUCAACGAGCUGGAGGAGAUCCUGGACGUCAUCGAGCCCUCUGAGUUUGUCAAGGUCAUGGAGCCGCUGUUCAGACAGCUGGCCAAGUGUGUUUCCAGUCCACACUUCCAGGUGGCAGAGAGGGCGCUGUACUACUGGAACAACGAGUACAUCAUGAGUCUGAUCAGUGACAACGCUGCCAAGAUCCUCCCCAUCAUGUUCCCUGCUCUCUACAAGAACUCCAAGAGCCACUGGAACAAGACAAUCCAUGGGCUGAUCUACAACGCCCUGAAGCUCUUCAUGGAGAUGAACCAGAAGCUGUUUGAUGACUGCACCCAGCAGUACAAGGCUGAGAAACAGAAAGAGAAGUACAAGCUGAAGGAGCGUGAGGAGGUCUGGCACAAGAUCGAGGAGCUGGCCAAGCAUAACCCUCAGGUUAGCAAACUCCGACCUGGUCUCCACCCACAAGAAGAGUACAUGAUGUACAAUGAGAGUCCGGGAGGGGUGCCCUUGUACUCCAUGGAGACGGAGACGCCCACUGCUGAGGACAUUCAGCUGCUGAAGAAGACUGUCGAGACAGAGGCCACACAGGGGAUGAAGGACAUCAAGAAAGACAAGGUGUUGAUGCGGCGGAAGUCGGAGCUGCCGCAGGACGUGUACACUAUAAAAGCCCUGGAGCAACACAAGCGAGCAGAGGAGUAUCUGACGGCCAACGAGGAGGCCCUCUGACCAGGGAGCAGUGGCACCCUCCAUGCCUAACUCCCCUCAUCCAAACAGUCGCCUACUGUACACCUGAUAGCCCCCUCUUCGCCUCCGCUUCUCCUCCCCCUCCACCCCUCCAUCUCUGCCGGAGAUCCCCAUCUGCAGAAAACCAAGGCCAUCAGAGUUAGACAAGACCACACACUCCUAUACGCACACAUAAGAACAUACACACAGACGUACAAAUUGUUCCAACUUCCAAAUACUCACAUAUACUUGACUACAGUGGGCUGAUUGUUAGGUUGCACGAGGACAACCAUUAUACAACAGGAGUAUUAAGUGUAAGCAUCCGUGAAGCAUGUUUCUUUGUUGUUUCUGUUUCCUUUCGGAUUGGUUUUGGUUGUCCUCAUGUUCCUCCCUCCUACUGUGAUCUGCUGUGCUGAAAGGGAACGACCAAAGCAUUACCUAUAGAGGGCAGUCGAGUGAGUGGCGGUCCCGCUAGCUUGUCUGGAGUGAGGGGGGUGUGGGUUAUCUGAUUGGUUUGGUGGAAAAUAGGGCCAUGCUCUAGUCUAGCUGGAUGUCCAGUGGAAGUAGUGAUUCUGCUCUGUUUAAAAAAAAAAGAAGCUUUCUGUCAGUUCAUGUCCAGGCAGCAUAGUACAUUUUGGGGAAGCCAAGUCUGGGACACAAAGCUUACAAGGCAAAGCAAUGAUAUGAGAGGACUAGGAAUCAAGAUGGCUGCCUUUAAUUGAAUUCAUGUAUGUCAGUCUCUUCCAUGAAACCAGUUUUUCUCACUCUUUAGUUGUAGCUUCAUGAAGUCACCUCUUUGCAUCCUUAAAUCAUGGCCUUACAGCAUCUGUUGAAUUACAUUCUCCCUGUUUAUUAGUCGUAAGCUAAUAGCAUGAUUGUAAGCCUAGAUAAUUGGUGUAUGCAGGGCCGUCAGUCCGGGUCUCAAUUUACUGUUGAGUGUUAGAAUAGUAGAAUACACAAGGUGGAAUUGAGAUAUUUGGUUGUGCAUCAGCAGUUUUUUUUCUUCGUUUUUUUUUCACCUUUAUUUAACCAGGUAGGCAAGUUGA